AUGUCCCCCGUAACCGUCGGCGCAGUACAAGCUGAACCAGUGUACCUUGAUCUCGACGGCGCCGUGACAAAAACGAUCUCCUUGAUCGCGGAGGCCGCGGAAAAGGGCGUGCAGGUGUUAGGGUUUCCCGAGGUGUGGGUGGGAGGAUAUCCAUGGCCCAUAUGGACCCAAAACGCCUACACGUCGUUCGACUUCGCAACAAAGUACCGCGCCACGUCACUAGAGCUCUCAUCGCCACAGAUGCAGCGCAUCCAAGACGCGUGUGCCGAACACAAUGUCUACGUGGUGCUGGGAUACAGCGAGAGAGAUGGGGGGAGUAUAUACAUGUCGCAGGCCUUCAUCUCCAACACCGGCACCAUCCUGCACAACCGCCGCAAAAUCAAGCCCACGCACGCCGAACGCACCCUCUGGGGCGAAGGCCAAUCCCCAUCCUUAACCUGCGUCGUCGACACGCCUCUCUGUAAACUCGGCGCCCUGAACUGCUGGGAAAACAUGCAGCCGCUGCUCCGCUACUACGAGUAUUCGCAGGGCGCGCAGAUCCACGUGGCCGGGUGGCCGGCGUUUCCGUGGAAGAGCGAGGACGUGACGUUUCCGUAUCUGUAUAAUUGUUCGGGGGAGGCGAAUUAUCGGCUCAGUCAGGUGGUGGCGAUGGAGGGGCAGAUGUUUGUGAUUUGUGCGACGCAGGUGGUGAAGAGGGAGAGGUUGGACGGUGGAGGCUUUGCGAUGAUUUUUGGGCCGGAUGGGACGCCGCUGGUCGAGAGGUUAGCGGAAGGGGAGGAAGGGAUUCUGACAGCGAACGUGGAUCUGGAUGAUAUCCUCGCUGCGAAGAAUGUUUGUGAUCCUGUCGGGCACUAUUCAAGGCCGGAUCUGCUGAGUUUGAAUGUGAAUCUGGAGGAGGCUAAAGUGGUACAUCACAAGUCCUGA